CAUCACUCUUGGCCUUAGCCAUACCCCCCACACCCAUAACCACUCUUUCGCCAACAUGUCCAUGUUCGGCGCAAGGUUCUCGUCGGCAGUCACCGCGCUGCGCGGCGAGCUGAGCGCGGCGCCCCAGACUGCAAACGAGACCAUCACAAAGCUCGUCGACAAGAUCCAGACGAGCCCGUCCGUCGACGACCGCCGCACCGCCGUGCUCGGUCUCAAGGGCCUCAGCAGGGACUGGAAGGUCGAGGUCGGCCGCGAGGCGCUCCCGUCGCUCAUCGCCGUGCUCGUGCACGACUCGCCGCACGACGUCGACAUCGCCAAGGCCGUGCUCGAGACGCUCAUGUCGCUGUGCGAGACGGCUGAAAAGCCGGCCAAGGAUGACGUUGGACUGCUGCACACGGACCAGUUCUUGGAGACGCCAGAGCCGUUCCACGCCGUGCUCCAGCUCCUCUCGGUCUCGCCGGCCUUCUUCCCCCGCUUCUAUGCGCUCCAGUUCCUCCAGCAGCUGCUCACCGCCCGCGCCACACUCGCGCAGUCUUAUGUCCUCUCUGCUCCGCCCCCGGGCGUCGAUGGCGUCCUUACUGUGCUCGACCCCAAGGCCCCCGCACCCGGCCAGCAGCCUGGAGAGCGCAACAUCAUGGGUGGAGGCGCAGGCGAGAUGCUCCGCAACGAGGCGCUGCUCCUCCUCCCGACCAUGCUCGCUGGAAACGCCGAUCUGCAGAAGAUUGUCGCGUUCUCUGGAGCGUUUGAGAAGACGCUUGAUAUCAUCAACGCCGAGGAUGGUAUUGAGGGCGGUAUCGUUGUCCAGGACUCGCUGGCCGUGAUCGGACAGCUGCUGCGCUUCAACGUCUCUAACCAGAACCUCUUCCGCGAGCUCUCCCUCAUUCCCUCGCUCCCGCCCAUCCUCCACUUCCCCACUCCGCUCGCGCCAGAUGCCCAGGCGCCCGACGCAUUCGCCCUUCAGGACUGGCCCGAGCAGAAGCUCUACAACGCUGGUCUCGUGCUCGGCUUGAUACGCACUCUUGUCGGUGGCCCCGGCGGCGGUAACCAGAGCGCGAUGGCCAACGGCGGUGUCACUCGCAGCCUGCUGGAGCUAUCGCUCGCGUCCAACGCGCCGAACGGACUCAAGUGCCAGGCGCUCAACACGCUCACGCCCAUCAUGCUGUCGUCGGUUGCCAACCAGGCGCUGUUGUCGACCCUCAUGAUAUCGGCGCUCGUGCCGGUCCACGCUGAUGAGGAGCACCCCAACGGUGGCUUCAUCCGUCUGCCACCCAAGCCGGCCGUUGUUCAGCUCGUGUCCACGGUCAUCGAGGGCGACCCUAGCGCCGGUCGUCGUGGCCUCCGCGGUCGUGCUGCGGGCGUCAACAUGUUUGAGGCAUACGUCUCUGGCAACGACGACGCGCGGAUAGGCAUCAUCUCCUCCAUGAUCGCCCCUCCCCAGGACAACCCCAACGCCAACUACCCCGACGACCCUCAGUCCGCCGGCUCGAUCAUCCUCUCGGGCCUGCUGGACCUCCACACCAGCGACGGCCACUUUGACCCAUACCGCCCUCUGUUCUCCUGUCUCCUCCUUUCCCACUUGCUGCGCAACUCUGAGCACGCCAAGAAGCUGGCGCGCGACGUGUCGUUCCCCAGCGGUGACGGCGACGAGGACAGCGACGACAGGGUCUCGCUCGUUCAGCUUGUCGUUGGUAACCUCAUCAUGGCUUCGCGCGCCCAGGAGGAUGCUGCCAACCGCCAAGCCAAGGGCGACGCUGGCAGUGCUUCAGAGGAGGAAGACUGGACACGUGUCAUGGUUGGCUACCUCGUCCUCCUCUGCUCCUGGCUCUGGGACAGCCCCAAGACUGUCAAGGAGUUCUUGAGUGAGAGUGGAAAUCUCCAGGUGCUUAUUGUCCCUAUCACCCAGCCGACCGGCAUCGACCCCCUUGUCCAGGGCCUCUGCGCCUUCCUGCUUGGUGUCUGCUACGAGUUCAACCGCGAGCCUGGAGAGGUUACCCGUGCCACCCUUCACCCCAUCCUUCACUCGCGCAUCGGCCCUGACCAGUUCGUCUCGCGCAUGGCCCGCUUGCGUGAGGACCCUCGUUUCCGCGCCGUCCAGCCCGACGCGUUCGACACGGAGGGUGAGAAUGCCACCGAUGCUGCCCAGGUCCAGGACAACGAGGAGGAGGACGAGGGCCUCGAGUUGUGGUUUGACUGGGCGUUUGUCGACUUUUGGAAGAACCACUACUACACCAUUCAGCGCUCCAUUGCCGUUGACCCCGAUGCCGUCCGUGGCGCUGUUGUGGACGACAGCGAGCAGGCCGAGAUCAUCAUGUCGCUGCGCUCAAAGCUCAAGGCGCAGACUGAGGAGGUUGUCAACCUGCAGAACCAGCUGUCGUCUUUGCAGGAGAAGCACGGCAAGGAGAAGGACCAGCUUGUGUCCGAGAUCGACUCCCUGACAGAACAAGUGGCUACUCUCGGCACGUCACUCGACAAGGCCCAGUCUGGCACGACCUCUCACUCUGCCGAGCUCGACACGUUGAGGUCUGACCUCGCUGCUGCCCGUGAGCAGGUCACGUCGUCGCUCGCCGAGGCCGCUGCCCACGCCGAGACUCGGCAGCAGCUCGAGGCGACGCGUGGCGAGCUGGACACUGCGCGCGCCGACCUCAAGGCAGUGCAGGCCGAGCAUGCGAGCGCGAGCGAGAAGCUCACCAAGGGCGACUCUGCCGAGCUGGGCAAGUUGAAAGCCCGUGUCAAGGAGCUCGAGGAGGAGCUCGAGGCCGAGAAGAACAAGGAGGGCGACGACACGGAGCACGAGGACCUGCUGGUGCUGCUCGAGGAGCUGAGCCAGAAGCGCAAGCGCGACAAGAAGAUUAUGCGGGAGAAGGGCCUGGAUGUGAGCGACGACGAGGAUGAGGAUGACGACGAGUAGGGAGAGUUGGGUGUCUGCAUAGAUUUGACGACGGGCACGACUAGAGUGAAUGCAUG